UGUGGAGAGUGGAAAGGAAACCCUGUAACAGUGGUGAAAAGUCCAGACAUCUUCAGUCUGCCUGUGGAAACAGUGAGAAAAGAGAUGAAGAACUGCAUGGCUCUUUGCUCUCCUGGACCAAAUGUUCUGUUGCUGUUAGUGAAGCCUUCUGACUUCACAGAGGAGAACAGACUCACUCUGAUGAACGUCCUGAGUUUGUUUGGUCAAGAGGCCUUUAAACACUCCAUUGUCAUCACCACACAUAAGGGAGGUGGAACAAGUUCAUCUGUAAAACAGCUCCUUGAAGAAUGUGGAGGAAGGCACUACAGCAUGUCAUCAGAUGACCGUACACUGUUAAUGGAGAUGAUGGAGAACAUUGUGAGAGAAAACAAUGAGAGCUGCCUCACCUCCACUGAAGAGACAGCUACUGUGAGACCAGAGUGUGUGAACCUGGUGCUCUGUGGGAGGAGAGGAGCAGGGAAGACUUCAGCAGCCGAGGCCAUUUUGGGCCAGAAGAUGUUUGAUCCAGGCUUUGAGUCUGCAGUGUGUGUGAAGAAUCAGGGAGAGGUGUGUGGACGUCGGCUUUCCCUGGUGGAGCUUCCUGCCUUGUCUGGAGAACCUCAGGAGGCAGUGAUGAAGGAAUCAUUCAGGUGUGUCUCCCUCUGUGAUCCUGAGGGCGUCCAUGCCUUCGUCCUGGUCAUACCUGUGGGUCCCCUCACUGAUGAAGACAAAGGAGAGUUAGAGACCAUCCAGAGCACAUUCAGCUCUCAGGUCAAUGACUUUACCAUGAUUCUGUUCACUGUGGAGUCAGAUCCUAACCAUCCAGCUGUUGUUAACUUUCUAAGUAAGGACCAGGACAUCCAGCAGCUCUGUCAGCGUUAUGGAGGACGAAACGUUGUCCUCAACAUCAAGGACAGACAGCAAGCACCUGAGGUGUUGGAUGCUGUGGACAAAAUAAGACUUUCCAAGGAUAAACCGUGUGGUUACACAACAGAGAUGUUGUACCUUACCCAAGUAGAUAAGAACAUACAACAAGAGAAAUGCUGCAACUCGCAACGGACUGAACUGGAGAGGCAGGAGAAAACUAUUACAAGACUUACAGUUGAACUGCAGGAUCUAAAAAAGGAAAGAGAGGUAUCAGAUUUUGAAAGUCAGAGCACAGAGGUGCUCAGGAUGGUGCUGAUCGGGAAGACUGGCAGUGGGAAGAGUGCCACUGGAAACACCAUCUUGGGCAAAGAGCAUUUUAAAUCCAAAGCCAGUCAGAAAUCUGUGACCAAAUUUUGUGAGAAAAGAAUUGGAGAGAUUGAUAGCAGGCCUGUUGUUGUGGUCGACACGCCCGGCUUGUUCGACACAACUCUCUCCAAUGAUGAAGUUGCACAGGAGCUUGUGAAGUGCAUCAGCAUGUUGGCUCCUGGACCACAUGUGUUCUUACUGGUGCUGCAGAUUGGUCGCUUUACACAGGAGGAAAAAGACACAGUGAACCUGAUCAAGAGAGGAUUUGGUGAGAAGUCAGGAGAUUUCAUCAUUGUUUUGUUCACUAGAGGAGAUGAUCUGGGAGCUCAGUCUUUUGAGAGUUACAUGGAAGAAGACUGUGAUGACUUUGUCAAAAAGCUGAUAGCUGACUGUGGAGGGAGAUACCAUGUCUUCAACAACAAGGAUCAGACAAACCGCACACAAGUCAGAGAGCUGCUGACAAAGAUCAACAACAUGGUGAAGACAAAUGGAGGAGGCUGCUACACCACUGAGAUGUUCCAAGAGGCAGAGGCAGCCAUACAGAAAGAAGUGGAUAAGAUUUUGAAGGAGAAGGAAGAAGAGAUGAAGAGAGAGAAAGAGGAGCUGGAAAGAAAACAUGAAGAAGAAAUGGAAAAGAUGAGAAGAAGAAUGGAAGACCAAAGAUCUGAAAUGGAACAGGAGAGAAAACAGAGAGCUAAACUUCUCAAAGAAAAGGAGGAAGACAUUAACAAAGAGCGUGAGGAGAGAAGGAAAGACCGGGAAAGGAAAGAGGAAGAAGACAAUAAAAGGAAAGAACAGGAGGAAGUUCAACGACAGAAAUGGAAACAAGAACUUGAAUCCUUGGAGAACAAAAUAAAAUCAGAAUCAGAACAAAAAGAAAAUAUUGACCAGCAGCUGGAGCAGAGUAGAGAAGAGAUGAGAAAACAGCGAGAGGCUUGGGAGAAGGAAAGAAAAGAAUGGUGGGAAAAAAGACAUUGUGAAGAUCAACAGAGACGAGAGGAGGAGCGAACGAGACUUCAAAAGCUCCAGGAAGAAUACGAUCAGGAAAGGAAGAAAGAUGAAAACAAAAGAAAAGAAGAAGAUCGAAUCAAAAGAGAACAGGAGGAAAAAGAGCAAAGAGAAUUAGAGGAAAAAUAUAAGAAAAAACUGGAGAAGAUGAAGAAGAAAUAUGAAGAGGAGGCCAGAAAGAAGGCAGAAGAAUUCAAUGACUUCAGAGAGAAAAAGAUCAAGGAGUUUGUAGCUCUGAUGGAAAAACAUGAGGAGGAGAUGAAGGCUCUGAAGCAAGAACACGAGAAACAAAUUCAAGAGAAGAAGGAAGGAUAUGACCGCUUAAAGGAGCUGUCAGACCACAAAGAAACAAAUCUCAAGGGUGAAUUAGAAAAACUGGAGAAAAAACAUGAAACUUUGAAGGCGAGUGAGCAAAGUUUGAAGGCAAGUGAGAUCCACUCUACAGACCUCUUGGAGUUUUAA